CGUCAGGAUACGAACAUGUGUCCAAAACACAUGUAUGUAAUCCAAUAUGUCUAGUAGCAUUGGACAGAAGCCGAGAAUCACUAUAUAUAUUAUGAUGAGUUAGUUACAAUAUACUCACACUUCAGAUUUUCUUCCUUCAAACUUCUCUUCCUUUGUUACAAUGGCUGCCUCUUUUGCAACUCAUCAUGUGCUUUUCUUAGUAUGGUUCCUUUCCGUUACCUUCAGUUUAAGCUUCUUCUUCUUCAAAGCAGAGUCAAUCUCAAGUGUCUCUUGCAAUGAAAAAGACAAGCAAGCCCUUCUAACGCUCAAACGUGGUCUCACUGAUCAUGGACGCGUCCUGUCAUCCUGGUCUGACCAUAAAGAUUACUGUAUGUGGGACAGAGUUUUCUGUGACAAUAAAACUGGCCGAGUCUCUAAGCUCCACCUCAAUUAUCCAAUGAGGUUAGGCGGUGAGAUUAGUGGUUCGUUGCUCCAAUUAGAACAUUUGAAUUACUUGAAUUUGAGUUACAAUGACUUUAAUUGUACUCCGAUCCCAUCUUUCCUUGGUUCAAUGUACACUCUCACACAUCUUGAUCUCUCAGGCGCUAACUUCUGUGGAAUCAUUCCUCAUCAACUUGGGAACCUUUCAAGCCUUCGCUAUCUGUCUCUUGGAAAUAAUUCUGACCUUCAUGUAGAUAACCUUCGUUGGAUGUCUGGUCUCUCUGCCAUUCAAUACCUUGAACUAAGUGAUGCUGACCUUCACAAAGAAGUUGAUUGGCUUCAAAUAAUGAGUAAGUUCCCAUCUCUUUCACAGCUAUACUUGGAAAAUUGUCAGCUUGAUAGCCUGAAUCCAUCUCUUGGAUUUGUCAAUUUCACGUCUCUUCGAUUCCUUCAUCUUUCUGGAAAUCAUUUCAAUCAUGAGAUACCUAAUUGGUUCUCUAAUCUCAGUACAAGCCUCUUAGGGCUUGCUCUGUUCAACAAUUCUUUCAAAGGCAAUAUACCGCCUAGCAUUUUCAAUUUAGAGAAAUUAGAAUAUCUAUCCUUGUGUCUCAAUAAGCUAACUGAACAAAUUCCAGAGCCGUUAGGCCAACUUAAGCAUCUAACGUAUCUUGAUCUCGGAAUUAAUUCUUUAAAUGGUCCUAUACCUUCUUCCUUUGGGAAUUUAUCUCGUAUGAGAAUAUUAUGCCUCAACCAAAAUCAGUUGAAUGGCACCAUUCCAAACAGUCUUUGGCUUCUCUCUGAGUUAGAGAUGUUGUAUGUCGGAAAAAAUUCUUUAAUAGGUACCGUAGAUGAAGGGCAUUUCCAAAGACUCUCAAAAUUAAAGCAUCUCUAUAUGUCUAAAACACGUUUGUUCUUUAAUUUCAAUUCCAAUUGGGACCCCCCCUUCCAACUUGACUAUGCCUCCAUCAGCUCAAUCAAGAUAGGUCCUAAAUUUCCUUCAUGGCUACAAUCACAAAGAUCCCUCAGUUUUUUAGAUAUGUCCAUGUCAGGAAUUUCAGGCAAAGCUCCGGGUUGGUUCUGGAAUUGGACUUCAAACAUUACAGUUAUCAAUCUCUCUAACAACCACAUAGAAUGUGAUGUAUCAGACAUUUUUUUGAGUUCUACUGUCAAAGUGCUCAAUAUAGCUAACAACUCAUUUUAUGGACCCAUUUCUACUUUCUUAUGCCAAAAGAAAAUUAGAAAGAAUAAAUUAGAGAUUUUAGACGCAUCAAACAAUCUCUUAUCAGGAGAACUUUCUCACUGCUGGAAGUAUUGGCAGUCUUUGAUCCAUUUAAACUUAGGGAGCAAUAAUCUAGUAGGUAGAAUUCCCUACUCCAUGGGGGCUUUAGUUAACCUCCAAUCAUUGCGUUUACAAAACAAUAGCAUCUAUGGAGAUAUUCCUUCAUCAUUGAAAAAGUGCUCAACUCUGAGUCUCAUUGAUAUGGGUGAAAAUCAUUUGUCCAUCAUACCACUAUGGAUUGGCGAAAUGACAAAUCUUGCAGUUCUCCGUCUAAGAUCAAGUGAAUUCAAGGGUUAUAUACCUCAACAAAUAUGCCAACUUUCUUCUCUUAGAGUAUUGGAUCUUGCCAAUAAUAGCCUAUCAGGAUCUAUACCAAACUGCUUGAAAAAUAUUAGUGCCAUGGCAUUACCAGAUCCCGAUGUUAUUUCUUCCGAUGUUAUUUCAUUUUAUUAUAUGCCUUAUACAUGCUCAUAUAUACAUUUAUGCUAUAUUGAGCAUGUUCAGUUGGCUCCCAAAGGGAAAGAAAUGGAAUACAAAGAGAACCUUAAAUUAGUUAGGCUCAUAGACCUUUCAAGUAACAACUUGUCUGGAUCAAUCCUUGCUGAAAUUUCUGAUCUUUCCAAAUUACGUUUUUUGAAUUUGUCUCGAAAUCAUUUGAUGGGAAAGAUACCAGAAAAAAUUGGGAGUAUGAAAGAGUUAGAGUCAAUUGAUCUCUCACGAAAUCAUUUAUCUGGUGAAAUUCCUCCAAGCAUGUCUGAUAUGACAUUUCUUAGUCUCUUGGAUUUGUCAUUCAACAACCUCUCGGGUAGAAUUCCUUCAAGUACUCAGCUUCAAUCAUUUGAUGCCCAGAGUUACAUUGGAAAUCCUCAGUUAUGUGGUGAUCCUCUUCCAAAAAGCUGCACAAUUGAGGAACAAUCUUUGAAUAGAUCACCAAUUGGCAAUGUUGAAGAUGAUUCUAAAAACUCCAGCUUCUACAUUGGUAUGGGAGUUGGAUUUGCAACUGGCUUUUGGGCAAUUUGCGGAGCUCUCUUCUUUAAUAGGACUUGGAGGCAUGCUUAUUUUAGAUUUGCCGAUGAAAUAAAAGAUUGGAUUUAUGUGACUGCAAUGAGAAAGAUGAAUUUAUUGGAAAAGCUAAGAGUCCACCUUAGUAAGUGAGGCAUCGUUAUCUAGCCAAAAGGCUGUGAAAACUAUUGCAAUCCAAGACAUUUACAAGUUGAAGCAGACAUAAAUAUAUUGUUUCUAUAUGACAGCAUUUAUUUGAUGGGAAUAUGCUACAAGGAAGCUAAGUAGGCUGGUGCGCUACUAGAGGUGCCAAGUGAACCAUAGAAGUUCUUCCGGCAAUGAUUUCCUUGGGGAGCUCACUUGGGGGCAUCUCAUGGAUUUGUUAAGAACUUUAUUUGGGUUCUUACUGCCUUUAAAGAACAAUUGUAGAUGGUGUAAACCUAUUCUUCCUAUGUGCUUUCUACCUAUUUUUGACCAUAGCUAUCAUAGGAAAAUGUUCUACAAGAAGUAGUAGAAAAGAUUGCGUCUUGGUGGUAGUUUCACUGUGUUGUGCUCUUCGUAGCAUUGGUUAUUUAUUUAUGGGUUUAUGGAAUCUAAUGGCCAAAAAUGAUGAAUUCAAUCAUAUGAGCUGGUUGGUUUACUUUGUUA